AUGUCAAAGCUUUUUUGUAUGGGUAAUCCUUUAUUGGAUAUUCAACCAAAUGAUCAAAUUUUAGCUGAAGAAAAACAUAAACCAUUGUACGAGGAAUUGGUUAAAAAUUAUCAACCAGUUUACGUUGCGGGAGGCGCAACGCAGAAUGCUGCUCGUGGUUACUUGCUUCCACCCAAAACAGCAGUAUAUUUUGGAUGUGUCGGCGAUGAUGAAUUUUCUAAAAGAAUGCGUGAAGUAGCUGAAGCAGAAGGACUAGUUGUUGAUUAUUUAGUUAACAAAGAAGUUCCCACCGCAGCAGAAAAAUAUAAUCCUUCUGAACAUUUGUAUUUACCAGAAAAAUGGAAAAUAGUAGAGAGCGCAAAAUACUUUUAUAUUGCGGGAUUCUUCGUAACUGUUUCACCCGAGUCAAUUCUAAAAGUUGCUAAACAUGCUGCCGAAACCAAUAAAGCUUUUGCAAUGAAUUUAUCUGCAGUAUUUUUGAUGACAGUUCCUCCAUUUAAAAAAGUUCUAAAUGAUCUUGCUCCUUAUUGGGAUCUUCUUUUUAGUAAUGAAACUGAAGCAGAAGCAUUUGCCAAAUCAGAAGGUUGGGAGGAAACUGAUAUUAAAGAAAUAGCGUUAAAAAUUGCAAAAUUGCCAAAAGUCAAUACAAAACGUCAACGUAUUGUAAUUAUAACACAAGGUUCCUCGCCAACGAUCCUUGCAUAUCAGAAUGAGGAUAAGGUUCAUGAAUUUAAGGUUAAUCCUAUUGCCAAUGAUGAAAUUGUUGAUACAAAUGGUGCAGGCGAUGCUUUUGUCGGCGGUUUUCUAAGCCAAUUUAUUGAAGAUAAAAGUGUCGAAGAAUCGAUUGAAGCUGGUCACUGGUUGGCCAAACUUAAUCUUAAACAGAUUGGUCCUUCCCUUCCUAAAGAAAAAAUUCCUUAUACUCCAAAAAAAUAA